GGCGGAGCGCGGGCGAGGUAGGCGUUGUCUCAGGCGGCACGCGCAGACAGCGGGGAGUCACCGGGCAGUCGAGCGACCGUUAUUCGCGAGCUGUAGACAGAGCGAGCAGGGCGGGAGACACUCACACACUGCUGAGACUAGCACGGCGCACACACACUUGGUCCCGCCACUCUGGUCUCCCAUCACGCUCGCACUCAGCCGCCGCGUGAGAGUCCGUUAUCAGCCGCCCGCAGCACACCUCACACCGCAGCAACAUGGUGGACCGCGAGCAGCUCGUGCAGAAAGCCCGACUGGCCGAGCAAGCCGAGAGAUAUGACGACAUGGCGGCCGCUAUGAAAGCCGUAACUGAAUUGAAUGAGCCACUUUCGAAUGAAGAGAGGAAUUUAUUGUCUGUUGCCUAUAAGAAUGUUGUUGGUGCACGUCGUUCUUCUUGGAGGGUGAUUAGCAGCAUUGAGCAGAAGACCUCUGCUGAUGGCAAUGAAAAAAAGAUUGAAAUGGUAAGGGCUUACCGUGAAAAAAUAGAAAAAGAGCUGGAAGCUGUUUGUCAAGAUGUUCUAAGCCUUUUAGAUAACUUCCUUAUCAAGAAUUGCAGUGAAACACAGUAUGAAAGCAAAGUUUUCUACUUGAAGAUGAAAGGAGACUAUUACAGAUACCUAGCAGAGGUAGCCACUGGUGAGAAGAGAGCAACAGUUGUUGAAUCUUCAGAGAAAGCAUAUAGUGAAGCUCAUGAGAUAAGCAAAGAGCAUAUGCAGCCAACUCAUCCCAUCAGGCUGGGUCUGGCUCUUAACUAUUCUGUGUUCUACUAUGAGAUCCAAAAUGCUCCUGAGCAGGCUUGCCACCUUGCCAAAACUGCUUUUGAUGAUGCCAUUGCAGAGCUGGAUACCCUGAAUGAGGACUCCUACAAAGACUCAACCCUCAUCAUGCAACUUCUGCGUGACAACCUAACGCUGUGGACAAGUGAUCAACAGGAUGAUGAUGGUGGAGAAGGCAACAAUUAAGACUUUAGUGGACUGGCAGCCGCACGCUGAUGCUACUACCGCAGUCUUUAUUUUUUUUCCCACAAGUGGGGGGUUGAGGGUGGGGGAGGGUAAGGAAGGGACAACCUCCCCAGGGAAGACCCUACCACCUGUCUUUGAUUGCCUCUUCGACAUUUUGCCAAAACACCACGAGUGGAAGUUAGACUGGCUGUGCUGGUAUUGGAAUGGCAGCCUCACACUGGCACAUGGACUGUUCUGUAGUUAAUACAAGUGGAGCUGUUUAAAUUUUUAAGUUAUCGCUAGAAUAUUUAGAAAGAAUUUUAUGAGUAGGAAUAACUUGAACGGAAUGGCUUUUUGUUUUUUUAAUAGUUUUGUGGUUCCAGUAAUUUAUUUUAUAUUUAUUUGUUGGCUAUAUGCACGUCUUGCCCUACAUGCUAUCAUAUUUAUAUAAUAUGUUGCUGCUGUGGGCUUUCUGCACUCUGCCUUUUUUGCAUCAGUUUCUUCAUUGAAAGAACAGUAUUAAGGUUAGGUAUUUUACUAUUUAAAUGGUACAGUUUUUCUCACUAAUAUUCACAUUCUAUACAGCUUUCUCUAACCCUUGUUUAAAGUGUUUAUAUGUGUAUGUGUGGAUACAUAUAGUAAUGUGCAUACACCAGAAAAGGGUAAAACUUGAAUUUAGAGUGUAAUGUUGGAAUAUUUUUCCAUUACAUUUUAUGGCUGUUCUUUGAAUUCUCAAAAAAAGUCUUGUUGCAAUCUAAUAUGAUUAACUGCCAGAUGAGUACAAAACGCAUUAUUGCUGUUCAUUUUAUGACUUCUUACUACUUUACACAGAGCUUGUCAAGGUUAUUUAGGAUCAAAUAUGUAUUUUUUUUUUUUUUU